AUGUCGUUUCCUCCCUCUUCCUCACGCAGGGGAUACCACCCUCUGCCAGGUACCUACAGAAGGGCUGACAAAUCCAUCGUCGACGAUCCGCCGCCUUACUACACGUCGAAACGAUGUCGGCUGUGCCAGUUCUCGCUGAGAGGGGGUGAAUUGGUCGUUACCCAAACUGGACCUGAACGCUUCUCGCCCGAGUUUGCUUUUCGCUUGGACGACGACACGGCCAAGUCUAUGCGUCCCCGGACCAACGCUAGGAGGGUUGUGCGGUUUUUCCAUUCGUCCUGUCUCAAGUUCAAGCGCUUCAUCAUCACCGAUGACUUACUCGCCGUCACAGAGCACAGCAUCGGGCUCUCUGAGCUGGAGGAGCGCCAACGCCUCAAGCGCAUCCAAGACUUGCUAACUCCGAGGAUAUCCGCUCUUCUGUCGGCCAAACUCCCUUUCGAGGUCAUGACAAUGAUUGCCAGCUACCUCGUACGUGAAAGCGCUAUGAUCACGGUCAAGAACCAGUCAAUGUUCAGUCAAGCCUCCGACAUCACUGUCGACCUCUCUAAGGAUGUAUACGCAAGCUACAGUGUGGUAGACGGCGUUCAAUACAUCAAGAGUUUACGCAACCUCGACACAGACCAGGGUGGGGAAUAUCACCUUGUUCUAAAUGCCAAGAAGAAGAAUUCUGUCGACAACAUCAGGAUUUGCGAGGACCACCUUGGCAUUAGAUUUGUCCAGUUUCUUCCAUCAAGCAGAGUUCCGGUAGUGAAAGGAUGGUGGAGGGAUAUUUCACCCUCAUAUCCAUCUGUAUUUGUCCCUCGAGUCAAAUUCUCCGCGAUACGAGUCGAAUCAGAUGGUAUCAAGCUCAGAAGGAUCACCGACGCCUUUGAUGACGAGGCAAAAUACCUAAACCCUCACAUCAGAUGGCCAAGUCCCGAAUACCCCUCAAACAAGGCCGAUCUUAUGCUGUAUAACUACAUUAUGAAGAACUUUCCUAUAACUCGGAAUGUCCGCAUGACCUACUUCGACUGCAACGCCCCAGGUGUCACGGGCUACAGCAUGGUUUGCCAGGGUCACUGGGUGUCUACCAUCCACGCCCACGGGAAAGGAGACGACACCGAAUUCUACAAAGAGGUCGAUGCAUGCUUCAGUGAUCAGGUCGUAGUCUACAUGCCAGUGGAUCAAGGGGAAUACGUCACCGAAAUCCAGCGACGCUGGAUGGGGAGGCUUAUUAGCAGCAACUUCUUCGAACUGGCGUUCAAAACGAAUCGAGCAAGACACGCCGUCUUUGGAUCAGACAAGACGGGCGUUCUGGGUUUGAUCCUGGAUACAAUCAUGAAACCUUCCCAACAGGGCUCACGCAUCUACUUCAACAAGAUCGCCCCUGAAAACGAGCCCUGUGUCAGGUUCAUUGCGUGCGAUAAAGCAUUCGAGGAACCUAUCCGAAGUUUGAAUCUCGGUACACCCCCAAGCGGACGCGACCCUCCCGUUUUCCCAUCCCCGAAUCCAUGGUUCGCAUCUCGAUGCAAUCUGGAGGGAGUCAAGGAGGUGACCCUAUGCAGAGACGUUUCUCUAUCUCACAGGCCCGUCAUUGGAAUGCUCGUGGAAUAUACGGAUGGCCACCGGGAGUGCUUGGGACAAUUCCGCUUCGACAGGACCCUCACGACGAUCCAGUCUGACCAGAGCGGAGGGUUACACAUUAGCCUGCAGAUGAGGGAGGAUGGGGUGAUGGAGGAUGAGGAUUCCACGUACGUGGCGGAUGUGUAUGGCUUUCCCCUAGGGGAUCCAUCCAUUUGCCCCGAGAACGAGUCCUGGAUCGAGGCAUCAUGGAGCGGCACGUUGAAGUGGAAGUAUAGGUGGGCAGACAGUACCGUGACGCACAUCCCAGCUGUGCAAUGA